GACUUUAAUUAAAAAGUUAACCUCAACUGUUGAAUAAUAAACAAUCAAUUCACUUGAGAAAGAAAAAAGAGAAAAAUAUGUUAGCUCAUAUUCUAGAAAAGAGAUGGCGUUAGUGUCGGAGAAUUUGUUUCAACCGGCUGUUGGAGAUGGAUUGAGAUUGUACCUGGAAAACAGAGAGAGAAAGUGAACUAUUUCUUUAACAGGUUUUGUUUGAUUUAAGUGAAGCUGAAAGAAAAGGUAACAACAACAACAACAUUUUGCUAAAUCAACAAAUCAAUUUAAUCUUCAUCAAUUGAUUGGAAAUUUAUCUGUCAUCAUCAAUUAUUAUUUCUAUACAUUCAAUUGGUUAUCUUUUAUGGAAGAUCAAAGUAUGUCUUGGAGACAGAAUUGGUUUUUUAAGGUAGAAAAGAAAACCGAAAAUCAAGAAUCAGCAGGAAAUUGGUUUUAUGAAGUGGAAGAGAAUAAAAAAAAUGUGCUGAUCAACAAGUUUUACUCUUUUCCUGGAUCCAAUGUUUUGCAACAUUGUAACAACUUAAAUCUUUCUCCUUCCAUCUCUCUCUCUCAAAUUUUUCUCAUGAAUGAGAUAAUACUAAUGACUGAAUAUGGAGAUGAUUAUGAUGAUCUAUUGGCUUCCUUUUAACUACUUCCAUACCAAGAGCAACUGUUAAUUUACUUACAACUCAACCUCAACAUCAACAUGCAUUCUAUUGACCUUACAUGAAGCAGUUUGGCUUCCGAGAAAAACAGUUAAUUAUUUACAAUCAAGUGUAAUUGAAUUGCAAAGAAUCUUAUUUGUCUUGACCAUGCAAAGGGUUGAAGGUCAAACCAUAAAAAUGAGAUACGACUGAUUUCGGGAAUUGAAGAGUUGGAAACAAUUUUUCCCUCCUAUUCUUGUUUAAAAGUUUCAUCACAAUAACAUAAUAAUCAAUUGAAUUACUGUUAGUAAUUCCUACUUGAUCUAGUUUCAUCUCUUAAGAGCAGAAAUGAUUCAUUUAAUUGUUUCAAGGGUUGAUUAUUUACCAAUGAAACAACAACAUAGAUAUUUUUCCUUUUCUAUUAUUAAUCAUUGAUUCGUCUCAAUCAAAAUAAUAACAAUAAUUGUAACCAAGGAAACUUUGAUAUAUUUUUGUUAAUCGAAAAAUAAUCUUUUGAUUAAUUAUCAAAGUGUUUUCGAUAUCGGCAAUUACAAUGUUUCUCUCCAAUGGACCAACUAAUAAUCAGAGACAAUCAUCAUCAUUGAUUAACAAUAUUCCAUUAACUGAUAAUCGUGAUAAUAACACUCCAAUGAUUGGGAUGGACGAUGAACUGAUUAAUUUGGACCUCGAAUCAUUGAGUUUAUCACCUAAAUCACGAAGUUCGACUCGUCAAACCCGACGAAAUGCUGAAUCUGCAAUUGAAUUAACUUUCGAUAAUGAUAAUCCAUUGACUCACAUAUUCGGACAAUCUUCAUCGAGCAGUUUAGUCCCUAAAUUUGAAGAUCGAAAGCGACAUGGGUCACUUUUCGAAGAGGAUCAAACGGAAGAGCUUCGAACAUCAUUAUCGUCAUCAUCUUCUCGUAUCUUCUCAAUUAAAACUGCGGUUAAUCGGCCUCGAGAAUCGGAAGAAAAUGAAACAAUCCCGUUUAUCCCUGAUAUCGAUGAAUUAGAUGAUCCAAUUAGUAAAGGAUCAACUGAUUUUCCAAAUAAUUUCGUGGUUAAUAAACUGAUCAGUUUACAAGAGCUUGAAAGUGAUAUAAUUAAACAUCAAGCCUUUUCCAAUCUCUGUUCAACUGAUUCAACCAUUUUAUCAUCUCGAUUAAUUGCUCAGCCAUUGGUCAAAGAAGACGAUGCCCCUUGGACUUGGGAUAGUUUAAUUUCAGAAGUUUCAUCUUACAUUGAACGAAAUGAGAACGAGCAACAAUCAAGUUAACCAAAAAAUUGAAACAUUAACUAACCAAAUAUUAAUAGAUUGAUUUCCAUCAUGUAAUAUCAUGUAUCUCUUAUUGGAACCGUGAAAAAUGAGAUAAUCAAAGACGCGAUUUCUAAAUAGUCAGGCCAUUUAGAUCACGAUUAAUUUAGCCAAAUAAGAGGCCAAAUGAUAAUUUAAUUAUUGUUGAUUAUCCGAAUCGUAAUGUUUUCGUUAUUCACCUUAGAAAAAUCUGCAAAUCAAAUUGUUCUUCUCUAAUUGUAAUAGUUGAAUGUUUUUUUUUCGUUAUGAAAGAAAACAAUUAACGAAAAGAAAACAUUUACUUUCCAUUGAAAAUCAAUGAUCAAGAAUAGAAAACAACAAUUAGAAUAUCAAUAGAUUUUGUUCACCAUCGAAACCCUAUCAUUAACUGUUGAUUUUCUUUCCAUUCACAAU